UUCUCUUUCAUUUUAGCCGAACCGAAAGUGAAUGCCAGUCUGGGCGUAGAGCAGUCGGACUUCCACCGCCGAGUCAGAAAACGGUUCAAAAACAAAUCUGUUUGAUCUCUUAUUGUGGACACCAAGUCUUAAUUUGACUUUAGAAAGACACGCUGUGCUUUGCUCCGGCAGCAGAGAAGCAGUGUAGGAUCUGAUAGCUGGGCAGUGUCGAGGUCUUCAUAAGGAAGCCACUUCCUGAGUGACACUGGUGAAGUCAGUGAGAGCCGCAGAGCCAUACAGCUGAAGGCCAGCGCCAUGGCAACAGCCAGCGGAGAGAUUCAUGGGACAGAAAAUGGGGAGGAGCCCAUGGAGACGGAUUACAGCCCAGUGACAGAGCAGCCAGCUUCACUGCCUGUCCCGACAGCUCCGCUCUGGAUCUCUGUGGACUUUCUAACUAAAGAGAGGCCUACGAAAAUAAAAAUACAGAUGAUGCUGCAGACCUUCUGUAACAAAGAAAUACAAUGUGAAAUAUCAAGAAUUCAGCUGGUGGAGGAGGGUACCCCACAUUAUGAGCUGCAGAUAUCACCCCCAUUUGCUGUGCCAAGGCUGCUGGAGAACAGAUUCUUGGAGCUGGAGAAAGACAAAAUGAAAGUGAGAGUUCACUUCUUAGAGUCCCGGUCACAGCUUGGAGCCCCACCUCAGAGCCCCACCACCACACCGAUACAGGAGCAGAUCCCAGUGAGAGUGACGGUGCAGGCAGAUCUCACAGGGCUUGGCGCGCAGGCAGCAGAGCAUCUUCUGCUGUUGUAUGGGAAAGGGAGCCCUUCUCCGCGUGAAUUCACCAUGACGGGCUCCUUCGAGGAGGUGGCCAAGUUCCACCGGGCAUUCUGCGAGUGCCUUCCGAAUUCCCAGAGGGCCCCCCGAGAACCCGAGGGGGCAGAGAGCGGGCCAGCCAGGGCCCCACUGGGGCUGCUUAAUGGGGACCCUGGUCCCAGUGCUACAGACACGGCAGAACCAGGUGUGCCAGGGAGCAAGGCGCCCAUCCCUGUGCCCCUGCUGCAUUUUGACUACGUCAGCAAGGCCUACAAGGAUGAGAUUCAGAAGAUCGAGCGAGAGAACAAGGUGGCGAUCACCCCCAACGUCUCGGUGUCAAUCGAUCCAGCAGGAGGCAGUGAAGGCAAGGCCACAGUGGAGAGAGCCGAGAAAGAGUUCAUCAGCCUCUUCCAGGACGUGGCGUCCCACGCGUCUUGUGUCCAGAUCCCCCAGCCCAGCCUGGAUCACGUGGCCGAGGCGCAGAGAGAAGAGGCCAGGCUGGUUCUGAGCGUCACUGCGAAGGGCUGCCAGGUGAUCGGACCUGCAAGGAGUCUGGCCAAGGCCCGGAUGGGUGGAGGGGCAACAACAAGUUUCAGAUCUGGUGUGGAGUCGGUGCCGGAGCUGGAGAUAAAGAGCCAGGACCCUCUGGUGGACCAGGGCCUGGAGAUACACCAGACUUACUUUCACUUCAUCCGUUGUCUGUUUAUAAAUCAGGUGGCGGCUAUCCAGCAGAAAUAUGGAGUGAUAAUUAGGGCACAAGACCUGGAUGACUCUGCAAUGACAUUGAAGGUGAAAGUUGAGCCUGGGGAAGGCAGAGCAAACCUGCAGUCUCACGCUCUCCGUGCGUUCAUACAGCUCUACCAGAAAGUGGCCACCAAGAUCAUGGGCUGCACACUGCAGGACCCCAAAGACACAGAGAAGGCCAAGACAGUCUUCAGAGAAAUCUGUGCUCGCCACCCUCUUGUGAUUGAUGUGGAAGCACCUGGCCACUGGAAGCUGAUCGGUUUUCCAGAGCACCUGAGUCCCGUGGUGACAGAGAUCGAAGCCAAGCUGGGGGGUCCUGUCUUCACAGAGGGGGCGAGACUGCGGAGUGGGCCCUUGGGCUCGGGGCCCUCAGCCAGGCCUGAAGGGGCCACUGGAGGCCAAGACCACAGUACAGAAGACCAGGAGGACACCUGCCCAAUCUGCAUGGACUCCUUCCAUAGUCCAGAGACGCUGAGGUGCAAGCACCGGUUCUGCAAGGAGUGCCUGGAGAAGUCAGUGGAGGCCAUGGGCCCCACCUGUCCCAUCUGCAAGGACGUGUUCGGGCGGGUGGAGGGGAACCAGCCUGAUGGCAGCAUGGUUUGGAACAUACAGCCAUUUUCUCUACCAGGAUACCCAAGCUUCAACACAAUUGAGAUUCACUACUCGAUUCCCAAUGGGAAACAAACGGACAAGCAUCCCAACCCAGGCAGGCUUUUCCAUGGAGCAGAGAGAACAGCGUACCUGCCUGACAGCCCUGAGGGCCGUGAAGUGCUGAUGCUGCUGAAGAAAGCCUUCGACCAGAAGCUGAUCUUCACAGUGGGCACGUCCAGGACCACAGGAGCAGCGGACGUCGUCACCUGGAACGACAUCCAUCACAAGACCAACACCGGUGGAGGCCCGCAGGCGUUUGGCUAUCCUGAUCCAGACUACCUGAAGAGAGUGAAGGAGGAACUCAAGGACAAAGGAGUCCAGUAAGGAGAGAGGAGAUCAGACAGCAGUACAGAAAACAGACCGAUGGCCUGAGGCAACAGUACACCUGCAGUAAUGAGAAAACUAGUUUUAUUCGGCCAAUGCUUCUGCCAGCUCCUGUGGGUACCUCCUGUCCAGAUAAAGUUGUGCAGCAGGAGAGAGGUGGAGCUGCACUGGCAGAGUUUCCUCCAUGAACAAUCCCCUGGCUCAACCAUCGAGGGUCUGGCUGUGUGCUGUUGUGGGGGUUCAGGUGUGUGUGAGGUCAGCUCUGCUCUUUGCUUUUUUUCCUGGCAACCCAGCAUCAGUGCUACUUUACUGUGCAAAAUAAAAAAAAUCUUUCACAUGUCA